AUGGCGUCUUGCUUACAAGCAGCAUCCAUGAACUCUCUGAUUCUACGCUCCUCUUACUCUUUCUCUUCUCUGUCUUUGAAUUCACCCGAUAGAAAAAACUUGAAGAGCUUUUGCUACACGUUUCGCGCCAAAGCCGCUGCCAAAAUCCCUAUGCCUCCAAUAAACCCUAACGAUCAUUUCCUCUCGACUCUUGCUUCCGUUGCCGCUCAAUCUCCGGAGAAGCUUUUCAACCGCCCUGUUAACUCCGAUACGCUUCCGUAUCUCGACAUUUGGACACAAUCUUGUCCCAUGAUGCAGGUUAUAACAAACAGGGAUAUAUUUGUGGAACUGCUCUCAAAGCACACUGGGAAUUCCGUGGAGACUGUGGCUAACGUGAUGAGAAGGCCAUAUUACAUGGAUGCACCAAAAGCUAAAGAAUUUGGAGUCAUUGACAAGAUUCUUUGGCGUGGUCAAGAAAAGAUUAUUGCGGACAUUGUUCCUUCAGAGGAUUUCGACAAGAACACUGUGAUUAGAAGCGCAGAACGAGUUUAG